AUGACUUGUGGGUACAUUCGUUUCUGGUUUGUUUUGGCUAUCUACUUUGACAAUAUCAUCCCCAAUACCUCUGGUGUAAGAAAAACGAUCUUCUACUUUCUAAAGCCUAGUUACUGGACGGGCAAAGAGGGUAAUAAAGUGGAAGAAGGGAGCAUUUGUAGCUGCUUUGGCUCGGUUCCACCUGUAGAGCAUUUAACACCAGAUGACCAAGAUGUGCUUGAAGAGGAGGCACUAGUUAAGAAACAAGCAAUGGAUGGAACAGUUGUUCCUAACAUUGCUGUUCAGAUUCAUGGUCUUGCAAAGAUGUAUCCUGGAACGACAAAGCUUGGUUGUUGCAAAUGCACCAAAACAUCCCCUUUUCAUGCUGUAAAGUUUGAUAUCCUUUGGGAUGCUUUGUCAAGUGAAGAACACCUCCACCUCUUUGCUAGCAUCAAAGGGUUGCCACCUGCAUCUAUCAAACCGAUUGCAGAGAAGUUACUUUCAGAUGUAAAGCUGACAGGAACAGCUAAAAUUAGAGCAGGAAGCUACUGUGGUGGAAUGAAACGCAGACUCAGUGUUGGAAUUGCACUCAUUGGUGAUCCUAAGCUUGUAUUUCUAGAUGAACCCGAAUCAAAGAAAGGCCGAGCCAUCAUACUAACAAUGCAUUCUAUGGAAGAAGCUGAUAUUUUAGGUGAUAGAAUAAUAGGGAUCAUGGCUAAAGGCAGGCUCCGCUGCAUUGGAACCUCCAUCAGGUUAAAAUCUCGCUUCGGCACAGGUUUCAUUACUACAGUUAGCUUCCUUGAAAACAAAAACAACGGUGCUGGAACCUCACCAGAACCACUUAAAAGAUUCUUCAAGAAGGGCUUUUUCGAAGAGCUACAAUACAGAGAAUCUGAGUUUGGAAUCUCGGACAUACAGCUUGGGCUUGCAACUUUAGAAGAAGUGUUUCUGAACAUCACAAGAUGGGCUGAACUAGAAAGUGCAAUACUCAUCAAUUAUGUCCUUUUAUGCUUGACUGAUGAGUUGGGUAGAUGA